GAGCUUGAUCUCUAAGAACGCGCAUUUGAAAAGGUUACCCUGUGACUUUAAGACUUGUCACGCGAAUUUUAACCGCUCUUCAGAUUCGGAACGGCGACAAAAGAUUCGUCUAGCACUCGCUCGAGUCUAUUUUACUGGAAAUUCUGUUUCUCCUUUUUAACACAGACACAGAUAUGGUAAGCCCCUUAAUCCUCGUUGUCUCGCUAUUAUUUUCGGGAAUCACUGGCGAGUUGCGUGUUCGAUUCGAGUGGAAAUACAUCGACUACGUGUGGGAGAAUAGCGAGCAGAAGCAGAACGCGGUCGAUUCCGGACAUUAUGAUUACACCAAAAUAUUUCCCAUAGACGUUGAUCGCAGUCCAGAUGGACUCGUCUUCGUCACGACCCCAAGACACGAUGGCGUCCCAGCGAGCCUAUCGGUGGUUUCCGAUCUAAAAGGCGAUGGUGGACCCCUGCUGAGACCUUAUCCCGAUUGGUCUUGGCACCAGAAAGGAAACUGCACGACUAUCGCAAGCGUUUGGCGAGUCACGAUCGAUGAAUGCAACAGAUUGUGGGUAAUGGACAGCGGGAAAUACGGCGAGGACCUGAUCUGCGAGCCCCAAAUCCUGGUCUUUGAUUUGGCUGACAAUUCUCUCGUCAAGAGGAUCGCUGUGCCGUUACAGUACGCGCGGAAUCCAGUAGACGGAUCCAGCCAAAUUAUCACCAUCGCGGUCGAAACACAAGGAGCACAAUGCGAAAGGACUCGGAUUUUCAUGGCGGACGUCGAAGGUUUUGGACUGGUUGAAUCGGAUGGCGAAAGGUUCGCGCGUUUAAACGAUACGAGUUUUUCACCGGACCCAAAAUACACAAAUUUCACAAUCUUGGGGGAGGAAUUCUACCAACCGGAUGGGCUGUUUUCUUUAGCAAUACAGCCGAAGAAACGGUUCGCCGAAUCGUCGCGGUUGUUUUACAGGCCUCUGGCAUCUCUCAGCCAGUAUUACGUUUCUACGAGACAAUUGAAUAGCAAAUUAUAUACUUCAUCUUCAAGAGUGAAGUACGAAAAAUUCAAUUACACCUACUCCCGUCAAGCUUCCAUCCAGGCAUUUUCUCCCGACGGAAUUCUCUUCACGGCACUCAUAACUCCGCUGUCGAUUAUUUGCUGGAACAGUCGCAGGCCGUUUAACGAGAAAAAUGUGGUGACCGUUGCCCAGAACGAUACGACGCUGCAGUUCACCAGCGGGAUGAAAAUCAGAGGUAGGGAAAUGUGGGCGUUCACGAUACGGUACCAAAAAAUUGCUACCGGUACACAGAAUUUCUCGGAAAUAAACUAUAGAAUCCUCUUCGAACCCGACAUACGGAAGUGGGUGAAUAACAACGCUUGCGCCACUGGCUGUAGGUGAAGCCGAAAUUGAUGAAGAAAAAAGAAACAAACAAAUAACACCGGUAAAAGUAAUAUACAACGAACGAUUCGUUGCACGAGCAAAAAAUGUAUGAUCGCGAAUGAAGUGAAAUCCGACUACUGUUUAAUAUAAAUAAUUUCAAAACGUACAGAGUAAAAUGAAUAAAUCGAAAUUUAGUAAUUCCCAUAGAAAUGUCCCGUCGUUUGUGUAUUCGAAAAGAAUAAAAGAUCGUAGAAUUUUA